CAAGAUACCACCGUAACAGGCCAUGGCUGUAUAUUUCUGGGCUAGGUAAACGGGAAAUAGGAAUAUUAUCUCCUCCUUAUCAUAUCUCUGUUCCUUCCCCCCUCGUUUCUAUCCCCUUUUCUUCAUUUGUGUCCCCUUUUCUCUCAUGCUGAACGUCCGAACGGUCGCGCCAGCCAUCGCGAGCGAAUAUGACCCCUCCCUGGUGAUCAUGGCGCUUCCGCCGCAACUCCAGCCCUGGAAAUCCACCAUCGGUGCGUCAGUCGCUUCCCUCGCCUCCACAGUCAUCGGAUUUCCCAUGGACACGGUAAAAACCCGGCUUCAGACCCACAAAUUCCCUAGCGCGUGGGAGUGCGGGAAGCAGACCGUACGCCACGAGGGCGUGAGGGGACUUUUCCGGGGUAUAACCGCUCCACUUAUAUCUGUGUCCAUCACCAAAACUAUCUCAGUCCUGAUCUACACCGCGGCCAAGCCGGUGGCAGCCGAGCUCCAGGGGUUUCUCUACUAUCCGCUCCAGGUCAGCGGCACAGCACCACAAUGGAAGAACAAUCUCGCGCUAGCAGUGAACAACGCACCAAUAUCAUUCCUCUCAGGCAUGGUUUCUGGGGCCUGUAUCUCGCUCUUUGCAUGUCCCUUCGAGUUCACCAAGGUUUUCUCUCAGAUAUCCAAGUUGGUCCAGUACAAGGACGCCACAAUGCCCAUCAAGGCCACCCCCACAUCCUUUGUAGGCAUCUGCCGCAUUAUCAUAGAGCACCGCGGCGUCAGAGGCCUCUAUACUGGCUUGGGCCUCCACUGCUUGCGCGACUCCAUCGGUACCGGCUUCUACUACGCCGCGUAUGAAACCACGAAGCUUGUGCUUGGAUCCCUAGCGGAUGACAACGGAAAGUUGAGCGGAACCCCCAUCCCGAUCGGUCCUGUGACUGUCGCCCUAGCGGGAUCACUGUCGGGGAUUCUCAGUUGGUGCACUGUUUUUCCGAUAGACACAACGAAAUCUUUGUUGCAGCGGGAUAUUAUGACCAACAUCUUGAGGAAGCGCUCUGGACUUGAGCCUUUGUCGUUCCCUGAGCGUAAAUUGUCUAUCCCCACACGUAGAAUGUACCGUGGCUUGGGUGUCUCCAUUACCCGAUCCGUGAUAGUGGCCAUUGUCUGGUUCGGCUGCUUCGAGAACUUCCUGAAGUUUGUCGCCUAGCAUUUGCAUUCUUCGCUUUUUAGGAUUGUUCGAGCUGAGAAAUGUUGUCAUUGAUCCUAUGUCUUUACUUUGUAGAGGUUGGCCAAUAAUGGACUUUUCCGUAUAUAUUAAACCUACCGGCGUGUAUGUAAUGCAUGGCUCGAAGUGAC